GUACUCGGCGUGCUGGUGGUCUGUCUGAGCUGCUGCGUGUGCUUUGCUUCCUCUGCUCAGGACCCCUGGAUUUCUGCACUGCUUUCAGUAUAAGUGUCUUACAGAGAAACCCACCCCGCCACGCGCCCGAUAAACCCCACCAUGCUGUGAGUUCUGAAGCUUUGGGUGACCCCAGAGAGGAGUGAUGGCAUCCGGGGGAAACCCUGAUGCUGCCAUUGGGGAUGCAAGGGCCUUCCCGCUGGACAUUGAUGAUGUGAAAAUGCUACUGCAAGUGGAACAGGAGCAGGUUCAGAAGAGGACGUUUACCAACUGGAUCAAUGCUCAGCUUUCUAAGAGGAACUCUCCCUCCUUGGUCCAGGAUCUCUUUGCAGAUCUUAGUGAUGGAACCCGAUUGCUGGACCUGCUGGAGGUCAUGAGUGGCCAACGGCUGAAACGAGAGAAGGGCCAUGGAGUCUUCCAGCAGAGAGGCAAUGUUGAAACUGCCUUGAACUUCUUGAAGAAUAAAUCAAUCAAGCUGGUAAACAUCAACAUACCCGACAUUAUGGAAGGGAAGCCUCGCAUCAUCUUGGGACUUAUAUGGACCAUUAUUCUGGACUGUCAUAUAGAGGAGUUGGCCAGCACUCUGUCCUUCGGCUCACGCUCCUCUUCUCUGGAGUCGUUGUCCAGCCAGGACUCAGCCCCUGGUACUCCUGUACGAGGAAGCCCUGUUCCACGCAGAGUCUCCCCCCUCCACGCACGCUUUCGCCUCUCCGCUAAAAAGGCUCUGCUCCUGUGGGUGCGGGACCAGUGUCGGAAUGUGGGCUGCUCGGUCAGUGUGAAAGAUUUUAAGUCGAGCUGGAGGAGUGGUGUGGCCUUCUUGGCUGUUCUCUGCUCUCUGAGGCCAGAUCUGGUGGACCUCUCUCUAACUGAGACCAGGAGCAACCUCCAGAACCUGGAAGAGACCUUUUGUAUAGCCCAGCAGGAGCUGGGAAUACCCAGACUGCUUGAACCUGAGGAUAUUGAUAUAAGUAACCCAGAUGAGAAGUCCAUUAUGACCUACGUAGCUCAGUUCCUGCAGUACUCCAAUGAUAUGCCUUCAGCAGAGGAUGAUCUAGAGGCAUCUCACAGUCAGAAGGUCAGCGAGAUGACCUGCUGGCUUCAGCGAGCCUAUGAGGACAUGCUGGACAUGUGGUCUUCCACAGAGGGUGAAGGAUACGCAGAGAGAUAUCAGGCGUUCCAGACCUUUGUUGAGUCGUUCUAUGAGCAGCGGCGGCCUGUAAUGUCGAUGCUGAGUGCAAUGAAGCGCAGUGCAAAGAUCAGCGAGGAGCAGCUUGCCCUGAGAAAGGCAUGGGAUCUUAUGGAGGAAAGAUUGCAGCAGUACAGAUCUGAACUGGAUGAAGCUUUACCUGCUCCUCUACACACUGUGGCUAAAUGGCUACAGAAUAUGGAGGUGGUGCUGUCUGAGGAGCACACAGACUCUGAAGACCAUAAAAGAUCUUCUAGAGAAGCAAGGGACAAGCAGGAGAAGCUCAAGGUGUUGCUUGGAGAUAUGAGCUGGCACUUGGACACACUUCAUCAGUUCCACAACACUGAGGAUGAUGGUGGCGUUCGAGUCCCUGCUGAAAAACUUGAUGAAAUGAAGAGACGGUUCACUAAUGCCAGAGUGACAGCGAAGUACCACGGCAUCAAGCUGGAGUACAAGGAGCAGUGGCACCAUGUCCAAGAGCUCUUAGGUUCACUCAAGAGCAAACUAAAGUCCUGGAGAGCCCCCUAUACCUCUCAGGAGGCUGUGCUCUCCCUGAUGGAGGACUGGCAUGAUACUAUGAACACGCAAGGCUUGGUGUCCAAUCUUAAGGCGGCUAUCCACAUGCUGAAACAGACUGCCAACACUUACACCAGCAAGGCAGCCCUGGCUGAGGACGCUGGAGCAGUGAGCAGACAGGUGAAGGAGGCUGAGAGGGAGGCAGAAGUGAGUGCAGAAGCUGCAUUUGCAGUCAGGGAGACUCUGGAGCGUGUUCUAGCUGAAUGGGAAUCCUACAGAGACUGUUCACAUUCAUUACAGCUCUUCCUGGAGGGACAAUCACAGACUACAGGAACAGAGCAAGCCUCCUGCAGUCUGUCAGAAUGGAGCUCCUGCCAGGCCAGGCUGAAUAAUGCAGGCAACUUCCUGACAGAGGUGACCGACUGCUCUACGAGCAACGCUGUGGCUGACGAGCUCAGUAGACUCAACAUAAAGUGGGCCGACUUCAUCAAGAGGACGAAGUUUACAGUGGACCCUAAGCAGAGCAGUAGCACAGCUCCGUGUGCCCCUGCUGCACAGAUGCUGCUACAGGAGGCAGGCUGGACACUGAGAGAGGCGGUGGAAGUGUCCUCUGGAACUCUACGCACAUACAGAACCAGACUGCAGAUGAUGAUGAAAAGGUUGAGAGAGAUGGAUUUGGGCUCUUUAUCUCCGUCUCCAGGAUUCAGUGAGGAAGCCCUGCAGAAACUUAAAAAUGUGCUGCCAGAGGUAAGAGAGACUCUGAGCAGGGUGGAGCAGACUUGUGAGGGGCUACAGAAGGGGGCGUCUCUGCUGGAAGGCAGACUUGCUGAGCUGGAUCACUGGAGCACUGAAGCUUUAGAAGUCUGCCAGCAGCUUAAAGAGUGGCAGCACAAGCACCAGAGACCUCAUCCCAGAGUCAAAUCACUGAUCAGCAGAGGCCUGCAGCUGGAGGGCCAGGUGGUGACAGAAAGCCAAGAUCUGCAGUCUCUGCUGGAAAAUGUGCAAAAGAGCUCCGCCCAGCCAUAUCUCAGCAUAUCUGCCCUACAGGACAGAGUAAAGCACACCGUCAAACGCUGUCAGGAGACUAUAGAGGAGCUUAGCUGUUUGGGGGUAAAGCGUGAAGGACUGAGUGAAGAUGGUCAGCCUCCUCCGAAGGUUAUUGUUCGAGCAUACAGCACUCCAGAGGCCCAAACAGGAACCUUCCAAAAACAUGAAGCUCAGGCCUGCAGAGUUCAUCAGGAGAGACUAACUCAGCCUCAAAGCCAACAGAUUAGUAGCUGUUCUCAGGUACAGAAACUACAGCUGAAAGCUAAGCCUGCUACUCAACCCCACUCGCUCUCAUUGGCUGAUCCUCUGAAGCAGCCUGAUAUUGUUAGAAAUAAAGAUGUGCUGCUAAAACAGACCCGAGCUAUGCCUUCAUCGCCUCUGAGAAAAGAGAGUCAGACAGAGACUGAAACUCAUCCAGGCUCAUCUGUCUCAUCUGCCAGCAGCUCUCAGAACGUAUGCAGUUUUCAGCUAAUGACUUCACAACAGCAAAAACACUCUGAUACUCAAUCCAAAGCCAAGCCGCAAACACAAACUACUACUCUGCACUUGCACCACGGUCUUGUGGAUAAGCCUCAGCGUCUUCCUCAGUCUUUGGAGGCAUCACGCCCACAUGUCAGGGCAUCACCACAAGCCCAGGCCGAGCUCCACACGCAGAGCGACACACCCACACACACCCAGCUUAAUAUCUUACCCCAAACUCCAAAACAUGCCCAGGCCCAGCUGAAAACUCCGAGUCCCAGCACACGCCAGAAACACAGAGGCCAAGGAAAGACUACAGGCUCUGCACACGUCCCCGGACAGACUGAGGUUUACUCUAAAGCACAGGCCAUGGCCAGGAGCAGGAUGGAGAGAGCUAAACAGCAUCUGCAUCAACACAUCGAGGAGGUCAUCACCAUCUUCAGCAGCAGAGUAAUAUCUGAAGAGCAGGCCAAGAGAAAGAAGGGGGCACUCCGGCUGCUUAGGCCUGCAGUGUUAGAGGAGUUCCUGGAAGCUGUGGAAGCUGUAGGAGCUUUCUGUUCUGAGGUCCAACUCCGAGAUAUGGAGCAUGUCUCCCUGUCUGUCAGAGCCCAGUGGGAGGUUGUACGCUUGGCUAUAGAGUCUUUUCUGCCAGAUUUGUGGCGAGAGGUUCAGCGAAGGGAUCCUGAAACUGAGGCUGUUUUGAAAUCUGAACUAGACACUAACACUGAAACCCCAGCCUGUGUUCCAGACCAAGUGUGCAGUGAAAAGGCAUGCUCCCUAAUCGCGGAGCCAAGAGAACGUCUGGAGGCUCUGCAUGUACUUAGUGACAAGCUGAGACCCUCAGCCGGCUCCUGUCUGGCCACCACCCAUCUGAGGGAGAGGAGGAGCAAACUGGAAAAUGUUCAGUAUCACAUCACCCCAACCAGCAGCACAGUGCUACUACAGCACAGCAGGGGGGAGCAAACCCAGGACAACACCCUGCUGAGAGAGACUGAACUGCCUGCUGACCAACCGCUGAGCCAAGUACACUCACAGGGCAUCGUUCAGGCCGACAGCACAGAGGCCAAGCAGACUCCCGACACGACUGUUAUUCACAUUAGCCAAACACAGGAAGAAGAGGCUAAUGAAGGGACUACCUCACAGAAAGCUCACAGCAGUCACAGCACCUCCUACUCUGAAGCUUUGCGUCAGCAGCUGCAGAAGAACAGUGAGCGCUUGAGAACAGAGUUCCCCACGAGCUUCGGACCAUCACAUGCCUCCCUAAGUGCACACCUCCAGGAACUCCAGACACUGAAGCAGCAGACAGAGGCUCUUUGGUCAGAAGUUGAACUCCAGAGUUCUGCACUCAUGGAGGAAUCUGAGAGAACACUGCUCAUUCAGCAGUGGACGGGUCAGCAGAUCAGCUUUCAGAGCAGGAUGAAGUCACUAGAGAGCGCUCUGGAGCUUUUGGAGCCAGUCGAUGUUCAUCUAAAACUGAUCUCUGAUAAGCUAAACCAGCUCCUUCAAAAACCUCUGGAUAUCACUGGCUUUGUCCUCACAGAUUCCACAGCUCUCAAAGGAGACAUAAAGCUUCUUGGUGAACACAUUCAAAGGGAGCUCAGAAUUCUUACUGAUGCUGAGAGUAAAGCGGCCAACUCUACCAGCUCUGCCGGCCGGACUGAAACAGAGCUAAUGCAGCACACUAUUCAGACCUGCUCACACCGCCUGCAGCAGCUGAAGGAUCAUUUAGGAAGAGCACAGACAGCUCUGGAGGCUCUGGAACACCUCCUGCCCGUCUUACACCAGCUGGAUGUGGAGCUUUCCACCACACCAGGGACCUCUGUCUUACCAACAUCAAUCAAACAGAGGCUUCAGGAGGCCAGGGAGGAAGCUGUAUAUCUAGACCGUAUGCUAGAAGACGCAGGGAUGCGUGUGACUGUGGACAAUAAGACAGGAAGCUGUCAGGAAGUGGUGUCCACACUGUUUAAAAGCACAGCAGAGAUGAAGGUGGGAGCACAGGGAAAGGAGGAAGAGGAGCAGAGGGAGCGAAUGUUGGGGAGGAAGGAGAAAGCCCUGAAGGCUGCUCUCAGGGAGGUCCAGGGGAUGAUGGAGAGACAGGGCCUGAAGGAGCCCACACUGCCUGCUCUGCAGCACAGAUUGCGUUGUUUAGCCGACAUAGAGAGUAAGCUAACAGCUCUGCGCUCUGACAUCCAGAGUAUUCAGGAUGCAUCUCCACACAGACAUGACCUGGAGGCACUGUGGAAUAAGACGCACACAGCAGUAAACGAAAGUCGGGAGGAGUGCCUUUCUCUGACAGAACUUCUGAAGAGAUUCCAGAACUGCCGCAGUCGUCUGGGUGGCACCCUGCAGAGAGCGGAACAGACCAUCAGUGAUCAGGCUUCAUACAUGGGCAGAGACAACCUCCAGAGGCUCCUGACUCAGGUUACCGAUAUUAAAUUGGAGCUGAGUGCUCUUGGAGACGGCGUGGAGGAGUUCAGAGCAGUGUGCAGACAGCUUCAGUCUCAGAUGAGGAAGAUUUCAGACUGUCCGGAUGCUCCGUUUGAGAGCGAGGCUGAUGCACUUAUGGAUCGCUGGCUGGAUGUGAGCGAGAGGACAGACUGUCGUCUAGACAGCCUGCAGGUUGGGCUGUCCUUUUGGGAUAAGCUCCUCCUUUUGGCUAGGGAGGUGGAUAGUUGGACCACCUGCAAGCUCCUGACACUUGCCCAGUCACAGCCCUUCCAGACGGAAGAGGAGAUCGCUGCUGUGCAGGACGAGCUGAGGGUCCAAGAAGACAAUGUGGCCCAUUUUCAUCGUAGGUCUGCUGAGAUCCAGGAGCUGCUUCAGAGCACAGAGCUCCCACUAGAGCUGCAGGUGAUUGAGAGCCAGCUGAUUAAGAGGAUGGAGGAGGUGAAGGAGCUCUUCUCUGAAACCAGUGAUGUAUUCAGGGAGCUGGGAGCAGCCAAGGCUCAGGUGGCAGCCAGCAUGACCGAGUGCAUGUCCUCUAUACGCAAAAUAAAAUAUGCCCUCAGCGCACUCACUGCAUCCGGAAGCCCACAGUUCUUCCAGAAUAUUCAGCGUUUAUCUGAGCAGCUUCACGCUAAAGCUGAGCUGGUGGAGGCUGUGCUCCAUCAGUUAGCCCUGCUGGCCAGUGUAGCCAGUCCAGAGAGUCUGCAGACUCUGACUGAAGAUGGAGAACGGCUGCAGGAAAGCCUCUGUGAAGCUGAAGAGAUGAUCAUGCUGUUGAGAGAACACGCAGAGAGUCUCAGUAAAACACAGGCCAGAGAAGCUGAAGAUAAAGACACUGUAGAGCUUAAUUUCAAAGACUCCACUGUCCAGAGAACCCAGGAUGCUCCUUUACCCAUACAGCCUAACCUCAGUGACCCUCAGCGUCCCCCGGGUAAAUCUUUAGCUUCUUACCAUGAAAGAGAAGAAUCCCCCACAGAAAGCUCAGAUCAUGAUGACGUCCUGACAGAAAGCACUGGAACUGUGACCAGUGGAAGAAGAGUGGUUGAUGUUCUGGAUACGGACACACAAAUCACCCAGACGAACACUGAGGAAAAUCUGAAAGGGCUGCUGGUGGCCACUACAGAGGACAGUACAGAGGAGAGCAUGAAAGGCCAAAUCAGAGAGGAACCAUAUGUGGCACCAUCAUCAACCAAAGAUCAGAAGCCACGAUAUCUUACAACCGACUCGGCUACUUCUUCUCUUCAGCAAUCCCACAAUGCCCCUGAGAACAUCGUUAUGGAGUCUAUAGAUUCUGAUGUUUCCACACCAAAUCAGGAAAAACAAGUGCUGGUUUCAGGAGAUUCCACGUCUCAAGAAGAUGCAUCAGAAUGUACUUCUUUUCCAAUGUCACCCAACGAUGAGGCCAUGAAAUCAGGAGCCAACAAUGUACAAUACAAAGAGGCCCCACAGAGUACUGCUGAUUGUACAGCAAGCCAACGUGAGACUGAAAGCUCUACUUAUGAGCCAACUCCUAAGAAAGUUGCAAAGAUCAUUUUAGAUACUGGAGCAAAUACUGCAUUUGAUGAUGACAUUACAUUCAGACAAGGAAAUGAAAGUAAAUUUCCUCACGAUUCUGCUUCAGAGAUCUGUAGACCAGAGGUAGACUUCAUGGUUUCUGAUUCAGAUAAGUCUAUCUCUUGGAACCCAGGUUCUACAAAGGUCUUUACUAUUGUUCUUGAUGUUGAUCAACCCGUGCUAAAACCUGACAAGCCUGUAGAGUCUCCUGAAGCUGCGAACGUUCAUAAAUUCUGUUCCAGAACUGUUCCUUUAUAUACGGACUUUGCUAAACCCAUGGACUCUAAAUCAGAACAGACUAAAUGCUCUGAAACCUGGAGUCAGAAACACUCAUUAGAUAAUUUAGAGGGAAUGCAGUCUGUGCUUCCAGAAGCAGUGGAACCAGGUCAGGCUGAAAAUGUUUGCACUCAGCAGCUUCAAAUACCUGCUCAAAUUACAGUUACGAGUUCCAGUGGAGAAGAUGAUGUACUGGAGUCAAGCCAGAGGACAAUAGACAAUCACCAGGUUGCUACCAGAUCAGACAUAAAUGUGGCAGAAGCUGUUGGACUGGAAAGUCCACAAAAAGUGGGUAAAACUAUUGAGCAUGAUGUCAGUUUGAUCUCCAGCCUGCAAAUGUCCACAUCUCUGAGGACACAAGAUACAGAGAUCCCAAAAGAUAUGAAGACAAAUGAAGUGGAUGUUGGAUACCAGUCAAAUCCUCAAAAUAGGGACAGUUCAGACUGUUCUUCUAGUACUGUAAUAAAAGGGAAUUUGGAUACAAAUAAUCCAAACUAUGGAUAUGACCAGAAGAUAGAAGCAUCUUGCUCCAAUCAAAUGAGUUCUGGAGAUCCAGCAUGGACUGAAGAUGUAGCAGAUCCUACUACUUCUCCUCCUUCUCCUCCUCAACUCCUCCAUUUUGCUCCCAAGCCCGACUUGACCACUGUUUCGAACACUGUUUCUUCCACAACCAGUAAAGAGAGUCUACUGUCUCUAGAUUCCUCUUCCACUGAACUAGAUGUGUCCGAAUGCACUUUCAUUCCAGUGCCAUCCACUGUUGAGACCAAUGAAACAGAAGCAAAGAAUCUACAGUGCAAAGAAGCCACUCAGAGUACUGCUGAUUUCACAGCAAGCCAACAUCAGCCUUAUAAACUGAAUGACAGUCCAGAGCCCAAAGACUUAACUACAGACAGUAAACAGCGUGAGAGCAUGGACGCCACACCAGUAGAAAUACUAAACUACUCCCAAACAGAAGAUAUUACAGACGGAACACAGGCUACUGCAACAAGAACAGUACACGUGGGCUAUAGCCAAACCAGUUCCAUGGACCCUGGGCACAGGCAUCCUCUUGAAAUACAGUCAAUGGAAAUUAAUAAUGACAUUAGCCAAGAGCAAUCUUCUGAUUCUGCAGCAAUCAUACACAGUCACAAAUUAGAGGCAGACUUCACUACAACACCGUCAUCAACGACUGACCAGCCAAAGGCUACAAUCAUCAAAAUCAACUUAAAGACAGAAGAAAUGUUCAGCUCCGAGUCAGAUGUGCCUGAAGAUGGUGAUGCUCAGAGUGAGGGUCCUAAAAAGAGCAGCAUGGAGAGACAGAGCAGCAUCCAAGACCAGCCGGACGGACCAUCAGGGUGGACGAACUUACUGGACAUUAUUACAGAUGUUCAGCCUCUGACUGAUACUAGCAGAGUUUCCACAGACCGUCAGUCUAGAGAAUCUCCCUUGUUCCUGGAACCGUCAUUGACACGCACAGAGAAACAGCUGGAACAGACUGUCCUCAGAGUUUUGAGAUGUCGAUACCGACCAGCCCAGCUCAACACUGAACUUAUGACCCAGCAACUCCAGGAAGCUGAAGACUGCAGGCAGUGUGUUGAGGAUCAGGUGGCUGCUUUGUCUCAGGACGUAGGCUCUGGUCACUCUCAGCAGAGUGCAGUUAUGGAGGGCAGAUGGAGUGCAGCACUGCUUGAUGCCUCAGCCACAGUACAGGUUAAAGAGGCCCAACUCCACCAAAUAACUCAGUAUCACCAGCAGAAACAGACACUGCAGGACACUCUACAGAAACUGGAGGCAGAGCUGGAUUCACUAAGCCUGACUACAUUGGAAAGCAGCGCCAUUCGAGCAGAAAAGCUGCAUGCAUUCCUUAAAGCCGUGGAGCAGAAGAAGGGCAUGUUGGAAGAGCUCCUGCGAACAUGUUGCCAGAUAUCCACCCAUUUAGGAGAGGCGGAGGGCCCGAUGGUGUGCCUGCUGCAGGUGAAGAGAUUACAGGAGAAGUGGCAGGAUUUGGAGGCGACUGCAGAUUUGAGUCUGAGGCAUGCAGAGAUUUGUUCAUCAGAAGCUUCUGUACUUUUGAAGGAUGCUGAGGUGCUGCUGGGUGAUCUGGCGUCUCUGCAGAUGAUAAAACCCUCCUCACAUUCCCCUGAGUCACAUGCGCAAAGCCAGCACAGCAUACAGAGAAUAAAGACCUCCUCUGACUUAGUGGAAAUGAACGCGCGCUACCUGCACCUGUGUGAACUCUGGCAGGGUAUGCUUCAGUGUCCAGUAGGGGAGAAGGAGAGGAAGGACAUCGAGGAAGCCUUACAGGGUGUGAAAUCGCAACUGAGUCAUAUUCAAGAGAAGCUUGGGCCUUGUAUCACCAGACCUGGUGAUCAUUCAGUUAUUGAGGUUAUUAGAGACCAUUUAACUUGGGCUAAAGGUGUAGAGAACAAAGUCAGCAAGAGAAAGAAGCUCUCCCUCUUUCCUGACGAAGCGAAUCAGCAGAUUAACAGCAUGAAGAAGCUUCAAUCUGAAAUAUCAUCCAGAAGAUCUAAAGUUCCCUCUGUUGUUAAAAAGCUGAGAGAGGAGAUAGCAGGACUUGGUAAGGAGGAUUCUGCUGUGAUGCUUUCUGCUCUAGAGACCUUAGAAAACUUGUACGGUAAGAUUUCACAGCAAUCAGACUCUUCCUCAGCAGAACUUUAUAAAAUGCUAUACACCAGACAAAGACUGGAGAGCCAGAUCACAGAGAAUAGCAGCUGGGUGUCGUCGCUGCUAGAGAAAGAGUCGAGUAAAUGUGCAGCAGUAGAGCUGGUGGGAGGAUCCACCAUUGCAAAGCUGAAGGUCCACCAUCAAAAACACAAAGCUACCUUAAAAGAAGCUGAGAAACGGCUGUUGACCGUUCAGACCGUUCUAGAAGAGUCAAAGGACGUGAUUCAGAGUCUUAAUGUGUCUGAGAGCUUCCACCUUGUUAACAAGCUCACCACCUUACGAACUGAGAUCCUUCGGAUUGUGAGACGUAAGCGAGCCUCAUGCUGGGAACUGGAGGAACUCCUGCAUGCUCAGGAAUCUUCUGCAGAAGAAUUCGCUGCCAUUCAGAAGAGCCUGCGCCAAAUGACUACUGACUUUGAAAAGCAAAGGUACCCUGUGACACAGGAGUCACUCUCUGCGUUUGUGCCUGUGAGAUACAUGCUGUUGGAGCACCAGUCGCAAGUGCAGGAAGCUCAGCACUGCCAGGAGCCUCGGAGGAAAGAUCUGCUGCACGCUGUCCUCACCUUACAAGCAAGAGCAAGGCUGUUGGACCAGCAGGCCGAGCAACAUGAGAAGUACCUGGCCUCCAAGAAGCGUUUAGAUACCUGCAGUGAGGCAAUACGGAGGACAGUCUCUCAGCUCUCUGAUAGAAACGUAGAAACCAGUAAGAGACUCAAACUGGGUCAGAGCAUUUUAGUAGAGUUGCCCAUGCUGAAGAUAUCCUGCCAAGAAACUGCUGACCAACUAGAGACUCUAUCCGGUGAUCUCUAUCCCUCCCAGCUCAACUCAGAGAGGCAGAAGAUCCAGAGCAUGUUUGAAAGCCUUGCUUCCUGGGAGCAGAUCGUUGGCACUGAAGUUACAGGCCUUGAGCGCACUCUAGUGGCAGACCUCCUCAGCAACCCCACAGAGCUGUCUGCUGCGCUGACUGAGCACUUCUUGAACGCCGAAGACCAGUUAAAGCAUAUUAACUGCUUGGAACCCACUGACCAGAGCAUUACUGAGGAGCUGCGAAACUGCUGGACACUUAAGAGGUCUCUGCUCUCUGUGUUGCGAAUGUUGGAGGUCUGCAAAGAUUCUACAGCAGUUGAAAGCUAUGGAAAAGCCACUGACGCGGCGAGAAGAACGUUGAAGGAAUGCAAGAUGCACAUGGAAAAAUUGCUCCAGGCUAAGGAGGGCCUCAGUGAUUACCUCAUGGCUGUCCGACAUGCUCAGGGUUUCCUCCAGCAGGUUGAGUUCAGACUCCUGAUUCCUUCAGCCAGCUUUAAAGACUGUAUGGAGGAACUACACCAUACUCAACAAACCCAGGCCAGUCUAUCUAAAGGAUUCCAGGCUCACAUGGAUGAAAUCCAUUCCAGACUGCCAGCACAUCCCUGCUUUUCCACUUCUCUCACUGAGAAACUCCAAAUCCAAGUUAUCAGCCAUAUGCUUGUGGAGGAUGCUAUUCUGGAAGCCCAGAUUCAGCUCAAACUGAAUGCCCUUCAAAGGUGCUUAAGGGAGCAGUCCAGUCACAGGAAACACCAUGAUGAAGUGAACCAGUUUCUCCGAAACUUUGAUCUCAAACUCUCGGAAAAGGUCAAACAUAAGCCAGCUUUUUCAGAAGAGUGCAAAGACCAGCUUCAGGAUAUUAAGAUGCUUCAGGAAGAGUUGGAGAGCGUGAGUGAAAGACUGGAGCAGAUGAGAGAGAGCUGUCUGCUCCAAGACUGUAAUGCAUCCGCUGAUCAGACUCUAGACAAUCUGUGGAGACACUGGGCCACACUGCAGCGCAGACUGGAUUUCCUCAAAUCCAGAGCGGUGCAUGCAGAAACAGAAUGGAAGGAACUUUUACUAAGGAUCAAUAAGUCCAGAGGAGUUCUUGAGCAAGUUCAUGGUGUUCUCACUAAUUUCGGUAAAGAGAAAAGGUCCUUGGGGAACCUUAAAUGGAUUCUGGUCCAAACUGAACAACUUCAGGAUGCUCUGGACCAGGAGCACUUCAUCCUGGUCUCUUUGCAGCGCAGUGGAUCAAACCUGCAGGAGCUCAGCAAACAUACUGAGAUGAGUCAGGACCUGCAGUCACUGCAGAGCCGCUGUCGGAGCCUCAGAGAACAGAGCAGUGAGGUGAGACGUGAAGUGCUGUCAGAGAUCCAGGAGUGGGGUCGCUUGCAGGAGGAGCUGAAGGCGGUGCAGCAGAGUGUUCUCUCACUGCUGUCGCUCCUGCAGAAGCAGUCAGAUCCUCCACAUUUGCAGGAGAUGAAAAUAGAGCUGGGCUCUCAGAAUGCCAGACUGCAGGAGAUUAUGCACAGAGUGAAAAGAAGCAGCAAAGAACCCCCUCAGGAGAUCCAGAUGUUGCAAGAGGAAGUAUUUCUGUGUAUAAAGAACGCCAAGGAGAAGGUGAGAGAGGCCAUGGAGAGCACCAACCCACUCCACAGAAUGAGCGAACAACUGGGCGAGGUGACAGUGGGCUUAAACUGUGUGCAGGCCCUUCUGCAGAAGAAGAGUUCCACUGUAAAAGAAGCUGAGAACACGCUGAAGCGAGUAUGGGAUGAGUUAGACCAGUGGCACUCUCGGAUAGCUGAACUGGAGUCUGAGGUUCAGGAGCUGGCUGAAGAUCAGCCGGAGAGAGCUCAUAUGCUGAUGGAUGAGCUCACCAAACCUCUGCAGUUCUACCAGGAUGUAGCCAAACAGGCCGAGCAGAGGACUGCCUUCAUUAGCAGAAUCCCUCCAUGUCUACAAGAGUAUGAUGAUAUUCUUCACAGCUCCACCCAGUGGCUGGCUGAGGCUCAGUCCUGGCUGGAUACUCCUCACUCCUACACCACAGCCAAGUGCCUUCACAGUCACGCCAACUCCUUACAGGUGGUGCUGGAUGAGUCUGAGGGGAUACGAGGGGCUCUGGAGGCUUUUGGGCCUGCACUGGAGGAGAUCUCAGCAGUGUGUGACACCAGUUCUCAAGAGCAGAAACUUAUGCAGGUGCACAGCAGCGUCAUCCAUAUGCAGCGACGUGCUCUGGAGCCACUCACCCAACUCCAGCACGCAGCAGCGGAGAUGGAUGCCAUUGAAUCUGAAGUAAAGACAAUAGAGAAAAAUUUGACAAAAAUCAGAACCAUCUUAUCCACUGUGGACACAGAAGACAUUCCCUUAGAAGAACAUCUCCACAACAGACAGAUAAUCCUGGACAAUCUUCAGGUCAUGAGCAGGACUAUAGAUGAGAUUGAGAGGUGCAGGGCAGGCCUGGGACUGCCAACAGGAGCAGAACACUCUUUAUCAGCCUUCCACAAAGCUCAGCAGCUCCAGCAACCCAUUGUUGAGCUUCAGCAACACACUGAAGAGCAGAGUUCUGCACUCAAGGCUGCUAUUGGUCCAUCUCUUGCUGAUAUCUCUUCCUCUGAGCAAGCAGCUUCAUCCAGCCUGACUCUUCAGUACCCAGAAAAUCUGCCGAUACCAGUGGAAAGACCAUAUGCUGAAGAAGAGGAUGAUUAUGAGGAUGAAGGCAGUCACUCUUCUUCCUCUGAGACUCUUACCUGCAGUGUUGCAGAGGACCCAGACGACAUUGAAAUGGAUGAGGAACAGACUGAAUCAGAGGCUGUGGUCCAGAUCUCUUUCACUGAGGAAUCUUCUUCGAAAGAAGAAACAAGUUCCAUGGAGUCUGAACCAUUAAAAACUGAGACUGAACCCGGAAAUACUAUUUCAUCCACACAGCUUACGAGAUUCCUUUCAGAUAUCUCAGCAGCUGAAGACACCGCUACUACUUCAGUACCUACUGUCAGUGCCCAACCUUAUCAGACACAAAUACCAGUGAAACAUACCAUACUUACAGAUACCGAGGAAGAAAUCAGAGAAGCAGAAACUGUGGAGGAGCCUAAAUAUCUGACAGUGAACAGUGUGGUUCAAUCAGUAGAGACAGGGACACAGGAAUCAUCUCUGAAAGAAGAAACAAGAUCCAUGGAGCCUGGACCAUUAAAAUCUGAGACUGAACCUAGAAAUGCUGUUUCACCAACACAGCUUACAAUAUUCCCUCCAGAUAUCUCAGUAUCUGAAGACACCGCCAUCAUCAGACAAGACAUCACACGAGCAGAAACUGUAGAGGAGCCUAAAGAUCUGACAGUGAACAGUGUGGUUAAAUCAGGAGAGACAGAGACACAGACGUCUGCUGCACAGCCUGGUCUGAAAGAUAAAGAUUAUAGAGAAGAGUCUGCUGACAUGGAAGCUUUGAAAGUGUCCAUCUCUGAAUCACCGAAGACUGGAGCUGUGAUGAGCACAGACAUCUGUACUUUGCAGCAGACAGUCCCCACACUGAUCCAGUCUCAAUCAAAUACUGGUCCCCAGCUCAACACAGCACUGGAAUCACCUCUAAAACAAGAAACAAGAUCCAUGGAGUCUGGACCACUGAAAUCUGAGACUGAACCUAGAAAUGCUGUUUCACCAACACAGCUUACAAUAUUCCCUCCAGAUAUCUCAGUAUCUGAAGACACCGCCAUCAUCAGACAAGACAUCACACGAGCAGAAACUGUAGAGGAGCCUAAAGAUCUGACAGUGAACAGUGUGGUUAAAUCAGGAGAGACAGAGACACAGACGUCUGCUGCACAGCCUGGUCUGAAAGAUAAAGAUAAUAGAGAAGAGUCUGCUGACAUGGAAGCUUUGUUAGAUCUUCCAAAGACAAUAACUGACCAUCUAGAAGGUCCCAUCUCUGAAUCACCGAAGACGGGAGCUGUGAUGAGCACAGACAUCUUUACACUGCACCAGACAGGAAGCAGUGAAGUCAGUGAGCCAGUGAAGACUUCAGUCCCCACACUGAUCCAGUCUCACUCAGACACAGAUACUGGUCCCCAGCUCAACACAGCACUGCAGAUUCAGAGUGAACUGAUUAAGCAGAAAGAUCUGAUUGGGGCCAUUGCUCGCCAUGGCAGCACCUCCGACCUGGAGCAAGAGGAACAGACACAGAAAAAGACCAAGAAAUAUGCUGGGUCCAGUAGUAAGAGACCCCAUGUUCCUGGACAACCAGGGGAAAUAGCAACAGCCAGAGAUACCUGGACGCAGCUUCUCCUCAGACUUCAGGCUCUUAUGGAAUCAAGCUCUGCAGAGGUGACAGGGUUGUCUCCACAUGAUGGAGCAGGUGAUACAGGACACUCCAUCAUGCAGGAAAUGCUUGGAUAUUCUGAUCGACUCUGUCAUAUCCGGCAAAGUGCAUGCAGAGUUAGUACAUCGGCUGCUGCAGGAGAGGAACAGGAAGCUGUUCAGUCUGAGCUGUGUGAGACCCUCACUGGUCUGAGUCACUCACUCGCCAGCGUCACUCACACACUACUCCACACUCCAUCAGAGAACAGCAGAGAAGCCUACCAGCUCCAGCUGCUAAACCUGCAGUGUAUUUCAGCACAGCUGUCCUCUGUAAGCGAUGAGAUAAGUGAGGGGGACUCACAGAUCACUGAAGCCUUUGGUCUGGAAGCAUCACAAGUGUCUUCCUGCCUGAAGUGUCUUCAAAGCUACAUAUCCUCCACACAGAAAGCCCUGUCAUCCCAAGAGGAGCUGCUGAACAGACAGCUGGGUCAUUCGCCUCAGCUUCAGACUGAGGAACAGUUGCUAGAAAACCCAGUGGCCAUACUGAAGAGUACAGAAACUCAACAAGAUGAUCCACGAAGUCUUAUUCAGGAUCAGGCCAGCCCACAGACAGGGCAGGGCCAAGUAUGGAGCUCCACACGAGAGCUGCAGGGGUCAGUUGGAGAAAAUGCAGCACUGCAGCGCUGCUGUUAUUCUCUUCUGCAGGCUCUAAAGGCUCUAUUGGACCUGGGUUCUGAACGAGUGCGAAACAGCCAAAACCCUAAGCCUCACAGCUGCACUGAACUCCAGAGCCUCUUCAGAGGACAAAAGAAAUACUUGCAGGAGCUAAAGAGAUACCGUUUGAUGAUCCUGCAUUUGUCUAAGAAGCUACCAGAGGGGGCGCUGCAGGGUCAAGGAGAAAUUGAGCAGCUGGUCACUGAGUUACUCCUGGAGGCUCACAAGCAAGGAUCUUGCAUGCAACAAAAAAUACAGGAGUGGUGUCAGUAUGAGGAGAUGAAGGGGAUUUUGUGCAUGCAGCUGGAAGAGCUGGAGGCAGCCAUGCCCAGUGAAGCACUGGAUCUGGAAAAUGAACAACAGCUAGAGGAACGACUGCAGGCCUACCAACGUUUGCGAGGAUUUCUGGAGGACAGCAGACCUCAGUUAGGGCUGCUGUGUGACUUGGGCCGGACUCUGCAGUCCGGAAAUUUUGGAAAAGUUGGAAAUGUUUGUUCUGGAUCAGGGCUGGAGGCAAACUGGCUGGCUUUCAGCAGACGACUGGAGUAUGAGAGCCAACGCACAAAAGAGAUGAGAGUCAAUUAUGAUAGGUUUCAGCGCAGUUCUGCUGACCUGCGGACAUGGAUGGGUACUGCUCGAUCGCAGUCGCAGAUGUGGAACAACCCGGCUGACUCAAAACUCCUUCUGCCAAAGCUCAUGGAGUUCUGUGAGGAGUUGGAGAGUAGGUCUGUGCAGAAAGCUGCUGCAGUAAAAGCAGGCACUCAGGUCAUGAUGCUGUCAGACGGUGAGGUUCCUGAACUGCACCAACAUUUAACACAGCUUGAGCAAGACUGGACAGAUCUUAUGAACACACUACCUUCUGUUCAGCAUACACUGGAACAUCUGCUGGCAGACCUGGAUCAUGGUGAGGUCCUGGCUGAACUGAACUCCUGGCUGGAGCACAUGGAGGGCAGACUGGAGGAGGAAAUCUCCAGAGAGCAACAUGUCCAGGAUUCCACUGAGCUCUCUACGCUUGUGCAGCAGCUAAAAGCCUGUAAAGCAGAAGUUACAAGCCGGCAACCAUGUCUAGACUUCCUCAUCCAGUCUGUGGAGAAGAUGAACUGUGUGCAAGACUCUGCCAGUCAUCGUAACAAGCGAUUGAUCCUUGCUGAACAACUUGGCAACCUCAGCCUCCGCUGGACAUUCCUACAGGGGAAGAUUGACAGCCAGAUACAUGAAAUGGAUCUCAAAAGGCUGGACUGCAAGAACAGAGAGGAACACCUGCAGCGAAGUCACUGCUGGAUCUCAGAGCAAGAAGAGAAGAUGAGACUCAAUAGGAGGCCAGCUGGCUGGACAGAAAUAGAGCACGCUUUAAAGGAUUAUGAGGAUGAGAAAAGGCUGAAUUUAAAAUCAGAUGAGCUGCUGCAGUUAAAAUCUCUUCACCUGUUGGGAAGUAAAGAUGGACAACACCCGGGAGAUCAGGCAUUCAACUUGCAGGUUGAUAGUGCCAUUCAGCAGUGGCAGGCUUUAAAGCAGCAGAUGUGUGCUGUACAGGCUGCUCUGGUCAGACUGAAAGAACAGUGGAAUUAUUUUGACACUGAGCUGAGGGAUGCAGCUCUACACACAGCCAACAUCAGCAGUAAGCUUGAGUGCAGCAAAUCCCCACGAUUUUCACUCCAGCAGACCAAAGAACAUGUGAAGGAGCUGCAGGAGCUUCAGAUGGAGCUGAACAGCUCAGAGGAGGUUUGGACCAAGGUAUCCAGUCUUUGCUCAAAUCUGAAAGACAAAAUCCACCCUGGUGCAGCUUUACUUCUGAGUGAUCGUCUGGAGCGGGAGAAAACACGGAGGACAGUGGUGGUCCAGGACGUGAGUGCAGAGCUGCAGAAGGCUCAGACAGUGCUGCGUCUCUGGGUGGAGUACAGGGUGAUAUAUGAAGACUGCUGUGCGAACCUGAGCAGUCAGUGGCAGCAGUAUGAGAUGCUCCUCAGCCCCCUGGAAGCAGAUGAGAACAGGGCUGAGCUUCUUCACAGCAGGAUCAACGCCAUCAGCGUGCUGGAGAAUGGAAUGAAGGUUUUGCAGAACGGUGUUGCAGAAGUCUUGGUGUCCUCUAAGCCUCUUAUUGCACUGACAGACUCACAGGCAGCUGCUCUGAUCCAAUCAGAGACCAGGUUACUCUCCCGUGACGUUGUGCAUCUGGGCCAGGCAUUGGCUAGGAGACGUCUAGAGCUGCAGGAGGAGCUAGAAGAGCAUGUCAGCUUUAAUACUGAUCUGGCAUCACUGGAGCAACGUCUGAAAAACUUUGAGAGCUUAAUAUCCUCCACUACAGCAAGCACAGAGUGUCGAAAGCUGAGUCUUUUGGAGCAGAGUGGUUUGACCCCUCACCUUGGAGAUUUGAAUAAACGCAGUCUCUCAUUGAACCUCUGCACAUACAAGGCCAAGCAACUGCGAGUCCUUAACACACAGUGGGUGCGGGUCUUUUCUCAAGCCACAGCCAGACACAGGGAGGUGUUUAGGGAGGAGUUGUGUUCUCAGAGUUUCCAGAUGAAAUGCCAGGCAUGGAUGGAUUUAUUAGAGAAAGUAGACUCUGGCCUAUCCAAUGACAUUUCAGGAAAUGAAUCUUCAAUAAGAGAGCAGCUAAUGCAACACCAGAAGCUGAAGAUGGAAGUUCUUAUUGGACAGCAGCUCCUGGAUUCUGUGGUUAAUGAAGCUUUGAGUCUUCUGGAAAAUGGCCAGAUAGUGGACAGGAGAGAUCUAAUCCUGAAGUUAACUCAGCUGAAGGAGCAAUGGCAGAGCACACUGCACAGAGUCCAGAAGCGCAGCAGAAGUUUGGAGCAGCUGACAGAUAAAUGGAGGUUCUGUGGUGUAGGCAUGAAAACACUCUGGAAGCUUCUUGGGGAUAUAGAACCUAUACUUCCCCCUGCUGGUUUGCCACUUUGCAGCCUUCAACAGCUCCAGCACUCCAUACAAGACUAUGAGCAAGCUAAAGAACGGCUGAGCCUGCAUGAAGAACUCUACAGUCAGACCAUACAGAACGGCAGGCAGAUCUUUCUACUGGCAGAUGCAGAAGCGCAGGCCAAGCUGAGUGCCGAGCUGGGGGCCUUGAAAGAGGCUUGGGAGCAGAGCCAUGUUCUGGUGGAGAAGAGAAAAACUCUCACUGAAACUAUCAUUCAGAACUGGAACAGCUGUGAGACUGGACUUGCUGAGAGCUCACUCAGACUGCAAGUGAUUAAUGUGAGGCUGAAGCAGCCACUACUGGACAAUUUGGACAUCCAAGAGAAACUCUUUAAGGAGCUCGAGGACUCUCUGGAGCUGUGGGCUGAAGGACUGAGGGAUCUGGCCACUAUGAAGGCGGACGUGUCCCAGUACGUGCUGACCACAGAUGCCAUGCUGCUGCAGGGACAGGUGGAGGAACUGCACACUCAGUGGGAAGAACUUUGCCUUAAGGUGUCCAAGCGUAAACAAGAGAUUGCUGAUCGCCUGAAUGCUUGGAUUAUUUUCAAUGACAAAAACAAGGAGCUGUGUGAGUGGCUGGAGCAAAUGGAGAAGAAGGUUAACCACAGCAGUGAACACCUCAGUAUAGAAGAGAUGGUGGAGAAACUCAAGAAGGACUGCAUGGAGGAGAUUAACCUCUUCAGUGAGAAUAAGAGCCACCUGAAGCAGCUGGGGGAGCAGCUUCUUUUGGCGAGCGACCGUGCCAAAGAGGCAGAGAUCCACGGAGCGCUGCGUGAUGUCAACGACCGUUGGCAGCACCUGUUCGACCACAUUGAGGCCAGAGUGAACAAACUGAAGGAGACGAUGGUGACGGUGCAACAGCUGGACAAGAACAUGAGUAACCUGAGGACCUGGCUGUCCCGCACUGAGGCUGAGCUGGCCAAGCCUGUUCACUACAGCGUCUGCCACGGAGAUGAGAUCCAGAGGAGGCUAGCAGAGCAGCAGGAUCUGCAGCGGGAUAUCGAGCAACACACUGAGGGAGUAGCUUCGGUCCUCACUCUGUGUGAUGUGCUCCUGCAUGAUGAGGAUGCCUGCAGCAGCGAUAGUGAAAACGAUUCCAUCCAGCUGACCUCCCGCAGUCUGGAUCAGCGCUGGAGAAACAUCUGCUCCAUGUCUCUGGAAAGGAGGAUGAGGAUUGAGGAGACCUGGCGGCUGUGGUGUACGUUUCAAGAUGACUACUCGUGCUUUGAGGACUGGCUGAAUCUCGCUGAGCGCACUGCAGCUGAACCCCACUCCUCAGAUGUUCUCUACACUGUUGCCAAAGAAGAACUGAAAAGAUAUGAGGCCUUCCAAAGAGAGGUACAUGAGAAGCUGACCCAGCUAGAGCUCAUUAAUAACCAGUAUAUUCGACUGGCCCGAGAAAGCCGCACAGACACAUCCAGCAGACUCCGAGCCAUGGUGCACAAAGGAAACCAGCGCUGGGAAUCUCUGCAGAAGAGACUGGCAGCCAUUCUCCGCAGGCUGAGGCACUUCACUAUUCAGAGAGAGGAGUUCGAGAGCACGCGGGAGAGUCUGCUGGUCUGGCUGACUGAGAUGGACCUGCAGCUCACCAACGUCGAGCACUUCUCAGAGAGCGACAUUCAUCAAAAGCUCAAACAGCUCAAUGGCUUUAAAAAGGAGAUCACUCUGAACACAAACAAGAUUGAUGCUCUGAUCGUGUUUGGGGAGGGUCUGAUCCAGAGGAGCUCACCGCUGGAUGCUGCUCUUAUAGAGGACGAGCUGGAGGAACUGCACUCCUACUGCCAGGAAGUGUUCAGCCGAGUAGCGCGCUUCCACCAGCGCCUCACCAGCCCUCGACCUAUGCUGCUGGAUGAACCAGAGCUCUAUGGCAGUGAAAUAACAGCUGAGACAGAAGGCUCUGGUUUGGCAGAUGUCAAUAUUAACCAGGUUAUCAACCAGCCCCCCAUGUGCCUCCUGUCCCUGCCACAGGAGCGCUCAGGCCGCGAGACACCUGUCAGCGUGGACUCCAUCCCCCUGGAGUGGGAUCACACAGGAGAUGUGGGGGGGUCCUCCUCACAGGAGGAUGAGGAUUCCAGCUUCUUCAGUGGUCUCUCAGGUGUGGAGGUCACAGAGAGUACAGAGGCAUUUGUUAAAUCCACAGUAAAGGUUCUGACACCGACCUCGGGAGAAGAUGUGGCAGUGGCUCAAAACUGGAGCAUUCAGCAUCCAGAGAGGACAUCCCUCAACCUGGACAUCCCUGACACAGAGAACCCCUCACCUCAGCAUGCUAGCACACCUUAUAAACAUGGCUAUGUUCAGCUCAUGUCCAAGUGCAGUGGCAGCAUCGAGAGUGUGAGGAAAGUUUCUCUGAUCCUGAAUGAAGAAGAACAGCAGGAGGAUCAAGGCCUUAUUGGACUCACCGGUGCGAAUAGACCAUCAGGAGUAAUUGAACGCUGGGAGCUGCAGAAAGCACUGGCCGUCACUGAGAAACAGUGCAGCAGCAAAGAUCCUCAAAAGCUGACCUCUGACCUACACAACAUCACCUCCUGGUUAGGCCGCGUCACCCCUGAACUGGAGAAACUUCAGAAGACUGAGACAUCUGUCAGUGUCCAGCUCCUGGAGGCCAGGGUCAAACAGCUUAAGGAGAUGCAGAAGACCUUUUCCCGCUACAAGACUCUGAUGCUGUCUUUGAACCUGAUUGGACGAGAGUUGGAGAGUGAGGGCACUACAGAGGUGCAGCAACUACAGGAGGGCCUGCACAACAUGAACCAAGGCUGGACUGAAGCCUGCAUGGGUCUGGAGAGCUGGGAGGACUGUCUGAGGAACUCACUUAUGGCCUGCCAGGAGUUUCAUGAAACGCUACACUCUCUCCUGCUGUGGCUGGCCCAUGCAGAAAGCAGAAGAUACGCUGUAAACAUCCUCGACCCCACUGUGUUACCCUCUGCACUGCGGGAGCACAGAACUGCACUGAUGGGUCUAGAAGAGGAGCUGAAGAGCAGGCAGAAGAGGGUGGGCUCUCUGCAAGAGAUCACGUCUGAGCUGCUCCCAGAGUCAGGGACGGACGACAGCUUCGAGGCCAGAGAGAAGCUCCAUGUCACUGAUAUGAAACUACGUUUGCUUCUGCGUCAGGUCAAGCAGGACCUCCAGACCGUUCAGGAGCAAUUGGAGUCAUCUGAGGCCACAGGUGUGAGUAAAGAACAAGAUUCUGAAUCAUCAUCAAAGGAGCUGGCAGCUGUAGCUGGCGCAGGGAGCAGAGCCUUAACCUCCAGCAGGGUGGAGAAGCAGGACCCCUCUCCACAGCGCUCGUUUUUCAGUCGGGUGUUGAGAGCUGCCUUUCCCCUGCAUCUCCUCUUCCUCCUGCUGCUGAUCCUGGCCUGCCUGGUGCCGCUGUCCGAGCAAGACUACAGCUGUACUCUCUCCAAUAACUUCGCCCGCUCCUUCUAUCCAAUGCUGCGCUACACCAACGGACCUCCUCCCACGUGACAACACUACUGCACUACUGGUCUUUUUUUUGUUUGAUUGUUUUUUACUGACCAAGUGGGUGACCUCCUCCAAAAAGCCAACCCAUCCACACUCUAGAAGCACCAAGCACCAACACUUUACAAUAAAAAUAUAAACAUCAGUUAUAACAGUACUCAUGACAGUGAUAAAUAUUGAUAAAUGGUUAUGUAAUGUCUCAGCUGAUUAUGAAUUGACACUAGUUUAAACAUUAUUAAACAGUACUACAUUUUAAUGCUUAAGAAUGUUAAUGUUAAUGUAAAUAAUAAUGAACUGAAAUGUUAGUAAACUGAUUUAAUGAUAAUCAACUUUUUAACUAGUGUCAAUUAAUAAUAAGUUGAGACAUUCUGUCACAAGUACUGUUUUAAUUAAUGUAGCCUCAUUGUAAAGUGCUACCAGGUGUGCUAGAGCAUGUUGCUACAGUCCAAAAAUGUAUUUUUAACAUUUGUAUAUAUAAAUUUAAUUUUAUACUAUUUAUUCCCCAAUGAAAAUCAUACUACUGAGAACUUUUUAAUACGUAAACUCUGCGUCCAAACUCUAGUUCAAACUAUGCCUGUAUGUUUCUUACUUUAGCGAAGUGACUAAGAAAUUGUUAAAGCUCCCAACUGAUCAUUGUAUUAACCCUCUAUGGCAUGAGUUCAACUUUUGCAGAGAAACAAUUUGGGAACUUUUUUCAGAACAUAAAUGGCCAUAAAAAAGUGAGCUACAUAAUGUCGCCCAAAGGCAACAAAUAAAAAAAAAAAAAACUUAUUUUAUUAAAAUUACAAAAAAAUUAAGAAUGUAGUAAGAAUAUAAACAGCCAAAAAUACUUCUUUACAUAUUCUUGCACAUAUACAUAUUUUAGUUAUGGCUCACUUAUACACCUCAUUGUUUUGGAUGCAGGUAUGUCCUUGUAACAUUAUGUAAAACAUGAAUAAAUACAUAAAACUUAAGGUAGUGUAUGAAAUGCUGUAACAACCAAAAUAGUGUUGCCAUAGAUUUCCCCAUGCCGUAGAGGGUUAAGUGCUUGUUUUUUGAGUCAUUGAUUCAUGUGGACUAAUUAUCUUGCAAACCAGUCUUUUCAGUUUCAUAGGAAUAAAAGCUUAAAUUUGAUAAGAGUAAAAAGUUUUGUCUGGUCAUAAUUUCAGAUCUUGUUUUUCUGAGCUUUGACUGGGUCUGCUUCACAUGUGCCUCAUCAGCAUGUCUAAAAGCAGCAUUCAUCCUUAAACCUGUUUAUAUGUGUCCUUUGUCAAGAAAUAAUACAUUUGAAAGACUGAUCUUGCAGAGUAACUCAAACACAUGUUCUACUGUAAUAAUCAUGAAAUGCUACAAAAUGGCAAAACACUUAUAUUGCAUCAACAUUAUCUCUUUAUUCCUUUCAUGUAAAUAGGAUAUGGGUCAAUGAAAGUGUGGACCCUAAGCUGACAUUUGUGUGUACAGUAAUUCAAUUUUUGGAACAUAAUUUAAUUUCCUCUUUUUGACAAUAAACAUUCUAAUUUAACCAAA